AUGGCUCACAGCAGGCAGCUGGUGCCCUAUUUCAAGCCGUCUCUCCCAUUUACUGGACCUAUUCAUGGCAGUCUUCAUGACGGAUUUAUGGUUAUCAUCAGUGGAAUUGUUCAUCCUACAUGUGACAGGUUCCAGAUAGACUUUCAGUGUGGAUCCUGCGCAUAUCCUCAAGCUGAUAUUGGUUUUCAUUUUAACCCACGAUUUGAAGAGGGUGGAUAUGUGGUUUGCAAUACUUUUGAAAGACAGAAUUGGGGAAGAGAGGAGAGGAAAUAUGAAAUGCCUUUUUUUAAAGGUUACCCCUUUGAGAUUCGGGUUUUGGUAAAACACGACUCAUUCCUGGUUGCUGUAAAUGGAAAGCACUUCGUGCAGUACAAGCACCGGAUUCCAUUUUCCAGAGUGAACUACCUUAGUGUGUCUGGCGGUGUGGAUGUGGAAAUCAUCAGCUUCCAAGAUACUGCUUCCCUGGGUGCUUGGUGUCCUGGAGCAGCUGGGAUCGUAAACCAAUGCAGCUUUCCUGCUACACAGUUCGCUCCUGGACCAACACAUAGGUCAAAUGCUGCUUUCCCACCUGGACAAUACUAGCCGCAAACUUAUCCUGUGCCAUACCACACUUCGAUUUUUGGAGGAUUUUAUCCAUCACGAUCUCUCACAAUAACAGGGACCAUUCCUCAUGGUGCUGACCGAUUCCAUGUCAAUCUGAAAUGGGGCGAACACAUUGCCUUCCAUCUAAACCCAAGAUUCUCUGAGAAGACCAUUGUUCGCAACAGUCAGCUGAACCACUGCUGGGGGACAGAGGAACGUGGCUUGCCAAGUGGCAUGCCUCUCAGCUGUGGGCAGAGCUUCACAAUCUGGAUUUUAUGCGACGCUCACUGCUUUAAGGUGGCUGUGAAUGGACAACACCAGUUUGAAUACAACCAUCGAGUUCCUAACCUGCAGCAGAUAGACAUGCUUGAAGUAGAGGGUGAUGUUAUCCUGACCUGUGUUCAGGUUUAA